AUGAAAUUUGCUGGAGGAGUACAGAAGCUGAGCCUCAAGCCCAAAGCCACUGAGGACGAUGGCGACUUGGACAUUCAGUCUUCAAAAAUCUUCAGUUACUCUGAUUCUGCCAGCACAGAUCUCCAGGACAGUGUGAGCAAACUCAUCCACAUUUCAGGGCUUAGAAUGCCCCUGAAAAGAGAGAUUAGGUUGAAAGACCCAAAACCUGCUCCAGGAAAGGAGGACAUGUACUGGCUGGUGGCUCUGACCAGCAGCGAUGUUUACGCCAACUAUGUGCAGCAUUACAGCAGUUUGAGCACUUUACUGGCAGGCGUGGGUUAUGUAGACACUGUCAUUGUUUCCUCAAACCCCACCACAAACACCAUCAUGGGCCCUAAUGUGGUGCAGCAUGGAGACGCGCUAUACUACGGCUGCUAUAGUACACCCUCUGUUUGUCGAUUUAACAUCUCCACCUGCUCCGUCACUAAUACACCACUUCCACAAAACUCUGGCUAUAAUAACAAGUUUCCUUUCGGCCACUUGGACGCCACGUACAAGUACACAGACUUGGAUUUCGCCACAGAUGAAUCUGGUGUCUGGGUCGUCUACACAGCACAGGACAAUUUUGGCAACGUGAUCCUUAGCGAGGUGAUAGAAGGAAGUCCUCCGUCUUUAGGCCGAACGUGGCGGACAUCACUGCACAAGCGCACUGCCACUAACACCUUCAUGGCAUGCGGAGUGCUUUACGCCACACGCUUCCUGGACCAACAGACAGAGGAAAUCUUCUACUCAUUCGACACAGAGACAAGUGAGGAGCGCUAUGAUCUGAAGAUCCGCAUCACGAAAAUGCAGACCAACAUCCAGUCUCUAAAUUACAACCCACGAGACCGAAUGCUCUACGCCUACAGCGACUCAUACAUCGUCUCAUACGACACUGUCUUUGAGUAAACAGUCAUCUUUUACUCCUGUGUUUACUGAAGGAAUAUUUUGUCAUACAGCUGUUUGACAAUGAUGUGGAUCUUCCGUUCUAUAGAUCCUGUUGAUUUAUACCAUCAGAAACUCAGGAUCUGUGAAAUAUUAUGACUGAAUUGUAGUUUAAGGGUGAAUUUGAUUAAUACGUUACACAUUAAAAAAAAAAAA